AGUGAAUUUAGUUAUUGAGCUAUGGCGUUCGCAAUUGUGUUCUUGGUGUUUGCGCUCACAGUUAUUAGCACUAGCAAGGCAGGUCCAGCAGGUCGUAUAAUAAACGGGAAUACAAUUGAUGAAAAUGACUUUCCGUGGCACGCGUCUAUCGAAGCUAUUGAUUCAAACGAGACUAAAGAAUGCGGUGGGACAAUUAUAUCGUCGGAGUGGAUUUUAACUGCCGGACAGUGUGUCAAAGGUUUCGAUAGUUUCAAAAUUAUUCUGGGCCGAAACGAAAGCAAUUAUUCGCAACUCACACUUUACUCUAAUGUAUCAGUUCUUCAUCCUGAUUAUUCGGGCCCUUUGUCUAAUGACCUGGCUCUCAUCAAGCUUCCGAUUCCGUUGGAGUUCUCUGAUCAGAUUAAACCAGUUAAACUACCGAACAAAUCACAUCAACUCAUCACAUUCGUCGGAUGUAAAUCAAGAAUAGCUGGUUGGGAGACACCAUCUUUGGCAAACGACGGACCCUUAUAUUUUGCCGAGCUAUCUGUGAUUGAAAAGUCUAAAUGCAUACAGUACUUGGGCUCCCAGAUAACCGAUAAAAACAUUUGCGCCGAAGCUCUGAAGAAAGGCAAUAUUACACCAGGUGAUUACGGUGCGGCGCUUGUCAUUUUUGAGGAUGCUGCAUGGAUGCAAAUUGGAGUUGCAUCAUUUACCCAACCUGCAUCAGGGACUAUGUCGGCGUAUAUGCGGUUACCCUUAUAUCUUGACUGGAUAAACCAAGAAACACAGGGGACUCAGUAGUUGCCACAGGGCACCUACAUUGAAGUCUGCACCAAACAAUCAUCUCUCUAUGAAUUGAUCUAAGUGAAACUAAGUCAUAAAAUAUAGUUUGAUUUGAUAUAUAUAUAUAUUUAAGUGCACAUAUAUUAUGUAUUAAAUUUUUUUAAUGUAUUUUCAUACUUCAUUUGUCACGCCAUCAUUUCUAUAUUUAUAAAACAUUACAUUAUUGUACAUUUUUUAUACUUUCAUCUGAUAUAUGUAUCUAAAUACACUUUUAUACAAAAACCAUAUCUUUAUCUUCUAUUCACUGUUUACGUCUCCCCGGUACAAAGUCAGUCAUGGACGUGACACAUUUCGAAUGUGAGUUUUAUCACGAAUGCAACGAAUUAUUGGAUCUAGAAACACAUUAAUCACUUUGAAGCCUAUCUAUUGAUAAGGAAUCCCGGAAGCUGAUUGACGUCCUCAAAGUAAUUGUAGUAACAGCAUUUUUCCUUAAAUUCUUCUAAUGUUGGUGGCCAUAUCAUUCAGAGUUGUAUCACAUAGUUAUCUACGUGCAAGUACAUGACAAGUAGAAAAUUCUAGGUCAUACAAUAGUCCCCCUACUUUAACACAGCAGUGAUAUUAGGGGGUAAUGAAUUUAAGUCCAAAAAGUAUACUGUAUAGUAUUCAACUUAUUUUAAUGUAUUACUAGAUGCAUGUGUGGCUAUAAAUUCCACUGUAGGAGGAAUUUAAAAUCCAGUAGUCUUCUUAAAAAACAAAUGAUAAUAGUUAAAAAUCAACACACGAAGUAAAUACUAUUCAAGUUGGCUACAAAAUAUGCAGGUCACACCUGGGGUUAUCAGACUUACCUCGCAAAAACAUAACAGUUUCUGAAACAAUAAAUAAUAAAACUGAUAAGGAGAGGUGGACAUCGACCUGCAAAUAUUCUUGUGGAAUGGCGCAUUUUUAUCGUUAAGUAAUUAUGUAAUACUACACAGAAAUAAAAUGCCAACCGGACAGUA